AUGGGUAUUGAUUACAGCUAUAGCCAACCUUCACAGUCUGCAACGUUUGGUGGUGAUGCCUCGGACAGUGACUCCAACGAAAUAGAAGCUCUGAUUCAGGAAGACCAAGCUCAUUUAGAGUACGAGCACAGUCAGGCGUUUGUGUACCCUCUGCAGCCUGAAGUUGAAUUCGGUUUUCCUCAGACUUGCUAUUGUGGGAGCCAACCUCAGCUAGCUACGUCUUAUAGUAGAACCGAUUCAAGGCGCAGGUUCUACACAUGUAGUAAUAAAGAUGAUGGAGAGUGUCAUGUUUAUAAGUGGUGGGAUGAGGCUGUAAUGGAGGAGAUGAGAGCCAGGGAUAGACACACCCUUCAAUUAGCCGAGAAGGUUGAUUCUAUGAACUUUUAUGCUGACUUUGAAACUGAGCAGAAACUUCUUAGACUAGAGAACAUGGUCUGUGAGUUGGCUAAGUAUAAAUCAAAGUGUAGCUUUGAUUACUUUGUUGCGGUUAUGGUUAUGAAUAUCGAGAAUCUGCUGGUUGAGGUAACAGAUGAGAUGAGAGCAUUUUGGGGGAAGAUGGGAGUGCAUUUCGACCGGGGGCCAAGUAUUGAGGAAUUAACCACAGCGUGUCAGAUGUGUGAAACAUGGUCUCGAAAUGAUCGGCUGCGUUUAGGGUAUCUAGCCAUCUACGCUGGCUUUAUCCAAGCACCAAGAAGCUCGUCACCUACAUGUGCUAGCCUGGCUAGGUUGGUGAUGGAUCUAGAAGCUUUUAAAGCUUAUUCGUGGGGAAGGGUAGCGUCUAAAUUCUUGAUGGAUUCGGUGAAGGGUUUAGACUUGGCCAAGCCUUCCUAUGCUAUGGAAGGCUUUGUUCAGGUGCUUCAAGUCUGGGUCUAUUGGUGUCUCCCUGAAUUCGCAGCAGGGUUUGGUGACCCUAUAGAAGGUAAUCCGACCCCACCUUUACUUGCCUACUCUGGUAAUAGAGGCAAGAGAUAUCUGAAGGAAAAUAUUGUUAAACAGACCAGGGUUAACAACUUUGCUUUGAAGGACCUCUCUGAAAUGUUUCCUCUCUGGGAUGGUGAUCGGGAAGACCAAAAGGCUGAUAACAUAGUGGAGAUCCAUCCGAUGAAGACAGACGCUGGUCAGAUGGAGCAAAGCAAGGUGGCAUUGUCCCCUUCACCCACUGAGUCUGAGGGAGUAUCAAGCAAAAAGGCUCGUCAGUCCCAUGGCCUGGAUGUGGAGACCAUGAAAGCAGAAAUAGCUCAGUGGCUUACUGGCCUGACUUCUACCAUGGUUAAGGAGCUGAGCACUAUGAACAACACUUUGAAGACACAAUCCAACAGGCUUGAGGGCCUUACUGCGAAGAUGGGACAUCUUGAAAAGAUUGUGCAAGAAGGUUGGAAGGAAGACCACAAAAAGGAUGGUUCAUCUGCUGAUGUAUCUAAUGGAGACAAAGAUAAGGAGGACAUCGGUGAAGAAAGCAGAGCUGAGGAAGCACCUCCUAAACCCGCCAGAAUGACAACAAGAGCCAAAGCCAAAGACACUGUGAGUGAGAAUGGGAAUGGAGACAUAAGUGUUGUUGUAGUAGACAAAGAUCAAACAGGCAUUGAUUUUGGUUCUGUGAAAAAACUGAAACAAGUUAAAAAAGUGAGAGCUGCUUGCAUUGUGGCCCGUGCUAGGAGUGAUAGGCAACGUAGGCUUGCUGCAACUCAGCAAUCUCCUUUUGCUGGAAACAGCACGGCAAAGGUUAUCAUACCUAACCAGCCGUACCGAGGCCUGGGAUAUAACCCAUUUGCUGGUGUUGAUAAACCAAAGCUCUCUGUUUUUAUCGAUUGGCUGCAACUUGACCCAAAAUGGCGACAGAGGGUGAAAGGUUCUUCAAGUUUUUGGUUCUACACACUAUUAACUCCUACAAAAUGGUUGAAUGACACGCACAUGGAUGCUGGAAUUAAUCUCUUAAGACUUCGAUACACAAAGCACCCAGAAUGGUUUAGGUCAGACAGAGUUUGCUUCCUGGAUGCUACGUUUUCUCAAAUUUGGACAUCAGGUUACUCAGAGUUUCUUGCCAAUCCUGACGAGUCCGGUAGACUACUCCCUUCUGGGGCCUUAAACUACUACACUGGCGAGGAACCAGCAUAUUGCAGAUCAGAUAAGAUAUGGGCGCAGGAGAUUGAUGAUAUAUAUACUCCAUUAUUUGUCAAGGGUAAUCAUUGGGUAGCUUGCUGGAUAUCAAUUCCGAGGAGACACAUAGUAAUUUGGGAUAGUGAUGUUUGUUACGCUAAGGAUGAAGAGAUUGCCGAGCAUGUUAAGCCUUUUGCACAUAUGGUGCCGUACAUGCUGCAUAUGAUGUCUUGCGGUGAAGAGAGGGAGUUGUACACAGGUUAUUUCACACAUGAGCGGGUCUCAGCAUCUGAGGUACCACAAAACUACCAGAGUGGGGACUGUGGAGUGUAUUGCUUGAAGUAUAUAGAAUGUCAUGCACUUGGCGUGGCAUUCUCACCUCAUGACCUGUGUGAUAAGAAAAUCAACGACAUCAACGGCAAUCAGGAGUCAGUUGGCGAGUGA